GUGCCGCAGCAAGUAACGGCACGUCGCAAUCCGGCGAGUUUAGGACCGCGAAGGAAGCCGCGGAAAGUCCCCGGGGAAACAACUGGACGCCACCACUUUUUUCGUGGCGGCGGCGGAGGUCAGCGUUCCGACGCGGAGGCUCUCUUCGUCUUCCGCCUUCUGCGCAGACGCUGCCUGCCUUCUAUCCCCCUGUGAGCGGCGAGUCGAGUGGUAGCUCCCAGGCUGGGUCUUUCUCCCAGCCGAAUGAAAUAGCUCGCGCGAGCUGCUGCUCGAGGUAGCCUCCAGAGCGGUUGCAAAGGGAGGCGGAGGAGGAGGAGGCGGCCGCAGCUGCCGCCGGCGAAGCGAGCUUCCCUCGGAGCUUGAUUGCCGCCGCCGCCACCGUUACUGCUGCGCUGGCGCCGGUGCUCCCGUGCAGCGGAACUCUUCGGAAAGAGCCGCCGGCGGGGGUUGCUUCGUGCCCUGCCCGGGGAGGCACCCCCUUUCUCUCCGCCUUUCUGCCGCUUGCUCUCCCACCCCCUCCUCCCCACCCCCGACUCUUUCUCCGUCCUCGCCGGGACAAAGCCAUGAAGCCGGCGCUGCUGGAAGUAAUGAGGAUGAACCGGAUCUGUCGGAUGGUGCUGGUCACUUGCUUGGGAUCCUUUGCCCUGGUGAUCUUCUAUUUCCAAAGUAUGUUGCAUCCAGUAAUACGUAGAAAUCCAUUUGGGAUGGACAUCUGUUGCCGGAAGGGAUCAAGAAGCCCGUUGCAGGAACUCUACAAUCCAUCCCAGUUGGAACUAUCCAGCACGGCAGUCCUUCAUCAGAUUCGGAGGGAUCAAGUCACAGAUACGUGCCGAGCCAAUAGCAUGUCUAGCAGAAAGCGUCGUGUGCUGACCCCCAAUGACCUCAAACAUUUGGUGGUUGAUGAAGAUCACGAAUUAAUAUAUUGCUAUGUUCCCAAAGUGGCUUGUACCAACUGGAAGAGAGUAAUGAUGGUACUGACUGGGAGGGGUAAAUACAGUGACCCCAUGGAGAUACCAGCUAAUGAAGCCCACAUCUCGUCAAACCUGAAGACGCUCAACCAGUACAGCAUUCCAGAAAUCAACCACCGCUUGAAAAACUACAUGAAGUUCCUAUUUGUCCGUGAACCUUUUGAGAGACUGGUGUCAGCCUAUAGAAACAAGUUCACCCAGAAAUACAACACUUCUUUUCACAAGAGAUAUGGUACCAAAAUUGUGAAACGCCAAAGGAAGAAUGCAACCCAGGAGGCACUGCACAAAGGGGAUGAUGUGAAAUUUGAAGAGUUUGUGGCUUAUCUCAUAGACCCCCAUACCCAAAGGGAGGAGCCAUUCAAUGAACACUGGCAAACUGUCUACUCUCUGUGCCAUCCUUGCCACAUCCAUUAUGACCUCAUAGGGAAAUAUGAGACACUCGAAGAGGAUUCUAACUAUGUCCUUCAACUUGCAGGUGUCGGGAAUUAUCUCAAGUUCCCCACCUAUGCAAAGUCCACAAGAACUACUGAUGAAAUGACCACAGAGUUCUUCCAGAACAUCAGCUCGGAGCACCAAACACAGCUGUAUGAAGUCUACAAACUUGAUUUUUUAAUGUUCAAUUACUCAGUCCCGAGCUACCUGAAAUUGGAAUGAGGUGUGAAGAGCCAGAGAGAGAUUUAAAAAAAAAUGGAAAGGAAAAGAAACCUGAUUUAUUUAAGAUUUUUGUCACAAUUACUUAUGAAGAAGGGGUUAUUUUGUAAGUUAAUAUUUUCUUUUUUUGAAUGAUGCUGCGAGCAGCAUAGUUGGAAAUGUAUUAUUUAAAUUGUUGGUAAGAAAAGACAACUCUGUUUGCAGGGUAAGAAAAUUGCAGUGACUAGUUAAGGCUACACUGUUUGGAGAAAAAAAUGUUCUUACUGUCCUAAUGAAUUUCUUUUUUGCAUUUUUCAUCAACCCUAGCCUUUAUGUUAUUUAUGCUUAUUUAAGAACACAAUAGAUUCUUCAUUAGAAGCUAAAAUAUGACACUGUGUGGACAAAAAAAAAGUUUCCUGUGCUCUCCUUCUUAGAGUUUGCCUUUGUUCUGGAUGUCCAUUCAUGGUGGAAUGUCUCACAAGUGCUGAAUAUGCACAUAUAAGUGAAAGUACUGACACAGCGCUGGGUGGCUCUAAACAGGAAUGUAUUUUUAUCAUGAUUCUCUGACACAGUCUUCAGCUGAUGAUCAUGUGCAAACCCAAGCCUAGAUUGUAUGCAUUGGGGGUCAAGGGGCAGGAUCCCUUUGGGGCAUCAUGUUUGUGCAAUCCUCAACUGCACAAGCAAGUUUUAUCUUUUUGGUGGUUAUGGGAGAAGGUGUCCUAUACUCCCUUGUGUAAGCAAUUCCCUCUUCUUCAGCCAUAGCUCCACCCCCAAAGCUAAGAUGGCUACUGAUUGGCCCAAGGAGAAUUGGAGACUUCCAAUUGGCUUUGUUGAAGCUAAACCAGCCCAAUCCUGGAUUUUCCAUUGACACAGUCCAAGAAGUACAUUGGCAGAAAUUUCUGCUCCACCAGCAUUGUGUAGGAUUCUAGCCAAAGUCACUUAAAAACUUCACCCAUAUGUAAAUUCAGAAUUCCCAAAAAAGGGAGGAAGGAAAAUACAUAGAUGGGACUGCCUGGUUCAAGCCCCUCCUCCCUCAAAUGAGCUAGCUCCAUCCAAGAUAGGGUCUCCAAAGCGUGAAAGCCACCUUCAAAUAGGAAACCACGAUGAACAGAGUAUACCCAGUGAAAUCAACAUAUUUACGGCCUUCUGACCUCUUCUGAUGGCCUUGUCUUAUCAUGAUCCAUCAGAGAAUGACACUGGGAGCCAACAGGCAGUCAUGGGUUGGCCAAACAGACUUGUUGACCCUGAUGUUGCUGAGAGCUUUAUUUUUUUUCCCUGGGGGGACCUGAGAUAUAUGAUCCUUCACAACCUCUUUGUCCCCUUCUUUGGUUCUGAGCAAGAGAAAUCAAACUAUACAAAGACGGGGUUCCUCUGAUUUGUAUGAUUGGCUUUGGCAUCCUUGUCCAGCCCAGCAAGUCCUUCAAAGAUGGUGACUAGCAACGGGAUGCCCCGGGGAAAGAAUGCAUCCCUGCUUGAAAACCUCAGGACAUCCUUGAGAUUUGCUCUUUGCUCUGGUGCAAAGAGCAGUUUGUAGCUGGGAAUUGCUUUCCUGCGAGGCAACAGGAAAACGAACCACCAUAUUCUGAGCUGUAGAGAAUUCUAAACAAGCCCAUUGGCAAGAGGUGAUGAUAUCAAAUGAAGGCAGAACCUCUUGUUUAGGUGGGUCCCUGUUCCCUGGAAAAGCACCACAAAAUAUAAUACCCUGCAAUGAAGCAAUAUCAUCCCAAAUAAUAUGUGUUUUCUUCACUGAUACAAAUCACUUUGGAAAGAAACAUAUUAUUGUUAUCUUUUCAGACUGGGAAAGGAAGAGCUAAUUCUGUCUGUCUGUCUGUCUGUCUGUCUGUCUGUCUGUCUGUCUGUCUCUCUCUCUCUCUCAC